UGUUCAUUACUCAAUUCUUUUUGGUUAUAAAAAGUAACCACCGCACCUCCUCUUCUCUUUGCAGUCCAAAGUCUGAAUUUUUGCUUUAAUUAGGAAAACAGUAUUCUAUCUACAAUGACCAAUACCUCAGAGGUUAUUACAUGCAAAGCUGCCAUAUGCUGGGGGUUAGGAAAACCUGUAACGGUGGAAGAGAUACAAGUAGACCCACCAAAAGCAACAGAAGUUCGAGUUAAGAUGCUUUGUGCGAGUUUAUGCCAUACAGACAUCUUAGGCACUCAAGGAUUCCCAAGUGGUAAUUUUCCUCUAGCACUUGGACACGAAGGAGUUGGUGUUUUAGAGAGUGUCGGUGAUCAGGUGACAAAUCUGAAAGAAGGUGAUAUGGUAAUUCCAACAUACAUAGGCGAGUGCCGAGAAUGUGUGAAUUGUGUUUCAGAUAAAACCAAUUUAUGUCUGACAUACCCUUUAAGGUUGAGUGGUCUAAUGCCAGAUAACACUUCAAGAAUGUCCAAUAUUGGAGGCCAGAGGCUAUACCACCUUUUAAGUUGCGCUACAUGGUCAGAGUACAUGGUUAUUGAUGCCAACUAUAUUCUCAAAGUUGAUCCAAACAUUGAUCUAGCCCAUGCUAGUUUCAUUUCAUGUGGGUUUUCAACUGGUUUUGGUGCUGCUUGGAAGGAAGCCAAGGUUGAAAGUGGAUCAAGUGUAGCUGUUUUCGGUCUUGGGGCUGUUGGAUUAGGGGCUAUAAGCGGAGCUAAAAUGCACGGAGCAACUAAGAUAAUUGGGAUUGACAAAAAUGAGAUGAAGAGAAAAAAAGGAGAAGCUUUUGGAAUGACUGACUUUAUAAAUACUGGUGAUUCUGCUAAAUCUGCUUCAGAAUUGGUGAAGGAACUGAGUGGUGGAAUGGGUGUGGAUUAUUCCUUUGAAUGCACUGGAGUUGCCCCUUUACUUACAGAAUCAUUGGAAGCCACAAAAGUGGGAACAGGUAAAGCAAUAGCAAUUGGCGUAGGAUCAGAACCUGUUGUACCGGUUGGAAUUCUUCCCAUUAUAUAUGGUAGAACUUUGAAAGGUUCUGCUUUUGGAGGGCUAAAAGCCAUAUCCGACCUUUCCAUUAUAGCUAACAAAUGCCAAAAUGAGGAAUUCCCUCUUCAAGAACUAUUCACUCAUGAGGUCCAAUUGGCAGAUAUAAACAAAGCAUUUGAGCUAUUGAAAGAACCUGAUUGUGUGAAAGUUGUCAUCAAGUUCUGAUAUUCUAGCAACUGUACGUGUCCACAAGACAGGAAAUCUUCAAUAAAGACCACAUGAGUGCAAUUAUAAUUUAAGAAUUGUCUAUCAAUGAGGAAAACCUGAACCCAAAAUGGGACCUGCACGGUUCUUUCCCUCCCAUCGAAAUCGCCUCACAUGACACGCUAACUAAUUUUUUUUAGUAGAUAAUUUCGGCCUUUUUAUCUCCGUAAUGUAGUUGCUUUUUAAAACAAGGUAUUGUUAUUUUUAAAUUAGUUAAUAAACUAGUGAUUUAAAACUAAAGGAUGUUGGUUUAGGGUUCAAAAGUCUGAUUCAAAGUUGUGACCCCCUUUUUUUUUAGAACUCCAAACUGAGUACGAUUUGAAUGUACGCAAGCUAAUAAAGAAAUCUAUAUCAUAGUAAGAGACGAGAAUCAUAGAGAAAGAAGAGAAUUCCAGUGUAACAAAAAGUGAAGACGGUUCAGUGUUGACAUGAAUAAAAUGAGCUUUAAGCCUUGUUGGUUUAA